GAGACCGGCUCGCGGCGCGGGGAGGCCGGGCGCGCCGCCGCUAUGAAUUCCGCCGAGCAGACCGUUACGUGGCUCAUUACCUUGGGGGUGCUGGAGUCGCCCAAGAAAACCAUCUCGGACCCGGAGGGCUUCCUGCAGGCGUCUCUGAAGGAUGGGGUGGUCCUCUGCAGGCUGCUGGAGCGCCUGCUGCCCGGGACCAUCGAGAAAACGUUUGAUGCAAAUGACUUGUAUCAGGGGCAGAAUUUUAACAAGGUCCUGAGUUCCUUAGUGACUCUAAAUAAAGUAACAGCAGACAUUGGACUGGGGAGUGACUCUGUGUGUGCCCGGCCCUCAUCUCAUCGGAUAAAGUCUUUUGACUCCCUGGGAUCCCAGCCUUCUCACAGUCGAACUUCAAAAUUGUUCCAGGGCCAGUAUCGAAGUUUGGACAUGACCGAUAAUAGCAACAAUCAACUGGUAGUAAGAGCAAAGUUUAACUUCCAGCAGACGAAUGAAGAUGAGCUUUCCUUUUCGAAAGGAGAUGUCAUCCAUGUCACUCGAGUGGAGGAAGGGGGUUGGUGGGAGGGCACGCACAACGGCAGGACCGGCUGGUUCCCCAGCAACUACGUGCGAGAGAUCAAGCCCAGUGAAAAGCCCGUGUCGCCCAAAUCCGGUGCAUUGAAGAGCCCUCCCAAAGGAUUUGAUACGACUGCCAUUAACAAAAGCUAUUAUAAUGUGGUGCUACAGAAUAUUUUGGAAACAGAAAAUGAAUAUUCUAAAGAACUUCAGACUGUGCUUUCAACCUAUCUACGGCCGUUACAGACCAGUGAGAAGUUAAGUUCAGCAAACAUUUCACAUUUAAUGGGAAAUCUAGAAGAAAUAUGUUCUUUCCAGCAAAUGCUUGUACAGUCUUUAGAAGAAUGCACCAAGUUGCCUGAAGCUCAGCAGAGAGUUGGAGGCUGCUUUUUAAAUCUGAUGCCACAAAUGAAAACCUUAUACCUUGCGUAUUGUGCCAAUCACCCAUCUGCAGUGAACGUUCUCACGGAGCACAGUGAGGAGUUGGGAGAGUUCAUGGAGAUGAAAGGUGCCAACAGCCCGGGGAUUCUUGUGUUGACCACCGGCCUCAGCAAACCAUUCAUGCGCCUGGAUAAAUACCCCACGCUGCUCAAGGAGCUCGAGAGACACAUGGAGGAUUAUCAUCCAGAUAGACAAGAUAUUCAGAAAUCCAUGACUGCCUUCAAAAACCUUUCAGCCCAGUGUCAAGAAGUGCGGAAAAGGAAAGAGCUCGAGUUGCAGAUCCUGACGGAGGCCAUCCGGAGCUGGGAGGGAGAUGACAUUAAGACCCUGGGCAACGUGGUUUACAUGUCCCAGGUCAUGAUUCAGUGUGCCGGGAGUGAGGAAAAGAAUGAAAGAUACCUUCUGCUCUUCCCAAAUAUUUUGCUAAUGUUGUCUGCCAGUCCUAGGAUGAGUGGUUUUAUCUAUCAGGGAAAGCUACCAACGACAGGAAUGACAAUCACAAAGCUUGAGGACAGUGAAAAUCAUAGAAAUGCAUUUGAAAUAUCAGGGAGCAUGAUUGAGCGGAUAUUAGUGUCAUGCAACAACCAGCAGGAUCUUCAUGAAUGGGUGGACCAUCUACAGAAGCAAACGAAAGUCACGUCUGUCGGCAACCCCACCAUUAAGCCUCAUUCUGUGCCAUCUCAUACUCUCCCCUCCCAUCCGAUCACCCCAUCCAGCAAGCACGCGGACAGCAAGCCGGUGCCGCUGGCACCCGCCUACCACACGCUGCCCCACCCCUCCCAUCACGGCACUCCACACACCACCAUCAACUGGGGGCCCCUGGAGCCUCCGAAGACCCCCAAGCCGUGGAGCCUGAGCUGCUUGCGACCCGCACCUCCCCUGCGGCCCUCAGCUGCCCUCUGCUACAAGGAGGAUCUCAGUAAGAGUCCCAAGACCAUGAAAAAGCUGCUCCCUAAGCGCAAACCUGAGCGGAAGCCUUCGGACGAAGAGUUUGCGCUGAGGAAAAGCACAGCUGCCUUGGAAGAAGACGCGCAGAUUCUGAAAGUCAUCGAAGCUUAUUGCACAAGCGCCAAAACACGGCAAACACUCAAUUCAACAUGGCAAGGCACUGACCUGAUGCAUAAUCACGUCUUGGCUGAUGAUGACCAAUCAAGUCUAGACUCCUUGGGUCGUCGCAGUAGCCUUUCUCGUUUGGAGCCUUCAGACCUCUCGGAAGACUCUGACUAUGACAGUAUAUGGACAGCCCAUAGUUACAGAAUGGGUUCUACAUCUCGUAAGAGCUGUUGCUCAUAUAUCUCUCACCAGAACUAAUGCGCUUCUGAGCUUUUCUUAACAAAUGCUUGUUGUAUCGCAGCCUGCUUUUCUUAGAUGUUUUCUUGCUGUUCCUUGUCUCUUUUAUGUGAUAUUUUAACAACUUUUGAGAGCGUUUCUGAUAUUUCCCAUUGUACUUUGUGGGGCUUAAUUGCCAAUUUGAGUAUCCAUUCAAGUUACUGACUGUUGAAGGAGAUGGUAUGUUCACACAGCCUAUACCUGAAGGCUCUUUCUUAAUGGGUAGUGGUGGUUUUAUAGCUCCCAAUGGUUUGGUUUUUUAUUCUCAGUGUAGCAACUGUCUCAUUUCUUUUUGAAUACAGCUGUAUGUACACUUCGAAAUUUUAUACUGAAACCAUACAGGUUUGUGAUCUGAGUGCCAGCAAUGUGGAGGAGACUCUGGCCUUAUAUUUAGGGAUCUCAAGUUUGUAUGUACAAUGGACACGCUAGUCAGGUAGUUGCGGAGAGAUCAGAAGAAGGAAAUGUGCCACAGAAGUACUGUGAGUCCAGUUCAGACAGCGUGUUCUGAGGACUUCUCAGGGCACCGAGAGGAGCCCUGUGUUGGUGUGGCUGGCAUGGGCUCCGGGCCUUGGCAGGAGCACAGAAGAGCUUGUCCGUUCCCCCACGGCUCUGUGCUUGUCACUUACCACACAUGGCCGUCUCCGUGCCCCCCAUUUGCCCGUGGGGUGGAAGUCCUCUUCCACUUGGCCUUGGAAAGGCCAGGUUACAGUCAGAGCUCAAACACACACAUCAUCACACCAAACUUUCCUUCAUUGGAGUAAUUUCUCUUAAAUGGCACUUAGCAAGCCUGUACCCCUACUGAAGGUUUCCAGUCCGAAGUCUGCAGCCUUCAGCCUCUGAACGUACAGGGUAGACUCCGUUGAGAGAGGCAUGUGGCAUACCCAAGAGGGCGGGAGCUUCGGCUUCAGUCACAGCCUGGCCGCACCCCGACGUCUGUCCUUACGCUGCCAGUGACGGACACGUGGUCUGUUUUCAGCAGCCAGCUGCAGUGAGAUCCACUUACAGCAACCCCAUCGAAUGUCACCCUCAUCCUGGAUUAUGACGAGGAUAUCCGAGUCCAGUGAAGACUUAUUAAGGUGCCGUGUAACUCACUUGUAAGAAAGUCUCAGAUUUUGGGGGACCUCCCCGACUUUCCUUGGAUUUGUUGUAAGGAGAUUUCACUGCCCUCACUCAGACUAAUUUCUGCUUCAGAAAGAACUGAAUGUGAUGUGUUGCAUUCAGUUGUAGCAUCCAGAUCACAUCUGGUCAUUGCUAGAGAGGAAGAGCUGUGUUCUCUCCCACGCAUGCAGUGUUGGGUGUUAAAAUGGAACCUUACGGUUGUGUUUUAAGUAUUAUUCAUUAAAACCAGCUUCAGAAAACAAGACGCCAUCAUAAAUUGGGAAUAACAUCUUCUCCUUUCUUCAGGGUGGCUGUAAUUCCAGCUGGCUGCGAUUUCUCUCUGCUCCCACCACCCCUCCUUCGCCAAACCCAUGUAUUCAGUGUUCUGAUCGCGUUGGCUCAGACACGACUCUGAUGCCUGACGCUCUUGCUUCCUGGGAGCUCCCAAGCCCACAGGUGCUAGGGAACUGCCAGCAGUAGCUUCAGGACUGCAUGCAGUGAGGUCGUUAGGAAAACCGAGAAUUCCAAAUAUCUGUCUUUUCCCAAGUAGCUGCUGAACUGCUGAUGCCCUCUGGAGACUUCCUCUUUUUAUGUAUGUUAUUAGAAUAAAGAAGAAAGCUGAGGAGCAAUCUUGUGCAGUUAGUCAGAGCCCACUAUUAACCCACGGUAGAGACGGGCUUUAUGUAUGUUCAGCCAAAUAGCAAAUGGGAUUUUUUGAAAAAUGUGGUAACUAGGAAGUUCAUACACUUAAUAUCAUGCAGUGCAUUUAGAAGCAAUUUUGUGUUAUAUCACACAGAGCAGUCACCUUUUCUGGUAUUAAUAGUAGGACAUCUUUUGUGUGCUUUGGGACGACAGCCACUGGUGCGCUGGCUCUGUGCCUCUACCGCGCCGCAGGGGACCUGGGUUGCCUGUGUGCUGUGCUGUAUGUACCACAGUGUUGACAUGCAGCUGCUGCACUUGGAUUGUCUUAAUGAGGCGUUUUCAUUUUCUAUACACCAAAGUUUGGACACUUUCCCAUCAUUCCUUUUUGUACCAGUUAAAGCCAUUUUGACGAUGAUUUUUGUUGAUGCUAAGGUCACUGCAGUAUAACAAGCUGGCUUUUUGUUUGUUUGGAUUUGUUUUGAAUGUCUGCCACCAUUAGCUCUUGUGAACUGGUUGGAAGUGUUAGUGCCACAGGCCUGGAAACAGUUCUUGUGUGGCAGUAGUGAUAUGGUGUCCUAAGUCAUGCUGAAAUAGUAUCUUAUGUUCAUGCAAUUCUGUAAUAUCUACGUGUACAGUUAGUAUUAUGACGAAAGGAUGAAGAAUCUGAACUAGAAGGUAGGUUUAAGUCAUUACCUGGCCCUUUGCAAAUGGCCUAAAUGGUGUUCCCAUUGAAUUAACACUUACCACAAGUAUAUAAGCUAUAUUAUGUGUUUUGCAUAAAAUUGCCAAAACACAGUAACGUGUAUAUAGUGGUAUAAGACCUUGAAAAAAAAUCUCUCUGUUGUGCUUUUGAUCUGUGAAUGGGAAAGCCGUUGUUAGUGGGCGACUGCCAUUUGAAGACUCGUUGGAUGUACACCUAAAUGUUGCAUUGUAUUGUACAGUAUGCAUAUUAUUGUUUGUGGUUGCAUAUGGCAAUGAAGUGUUUGUUUUAUAAAACAACAAAAGACAUCUGUUAUGUACAGUUGAAAUAAAUUUUGCAUUUGCUAGCCUGUGGCUUUUAAUAUUUGUUACAUGGGGGGAGGGGAGUAGCAUAGUUUGCAUUUUAAUGAUUUGACUGUUCCCCUGAACACAGCAUCUUCCAGAGGAAGGCCGGGCAGUAGAUACUUUCUGUCUGCCUUGGUAGAAAAGCUUGCACUUUCUUAGAUUAAAUGUGUUCCAGACGAUACACGGUCACUCCUUGUACAUUGUUAUUUCAUCUGUUUCGCUCCAAUUUUUUUUAAACAAGUUUUCAAUCACUGGGAGGUUAGUCUUCAGAAAGAAGC